GGGCGGACUGUUAUGGGUCCUCUGUGUAGUUCCUUGUCCACGUCGUUCUGGAUCAGAAUGAGUGGAUAAAAACAGUCAACGAUAAGCGAUCAAGAGACCAGUAGAAACAGCUUCCCCAGAUAUUCUCCAAAACAUGCCCCUGCCAGAUUUUCUUACCGCUUUCUAAGAGAACGGAGCCCCUUCAGAGGAUCUCAGGAUGUCUUGGCUUGUCGAUCUUGCUGGGAAGGCAGAGAACUUCCUCAAUAAAGUGGACCAGGGUGCAGCCAGCGCUUUGACAAAAAACACUCAGAUGUCUUCCCUGUCCUACAACAGCCCUGAUACCACAGAUUCGAUCCAGUAUGACUCUGCAGCUCACAGCUCCACCCAACAGCACAGGGACUCCAUCUCCUCCUCAACCCAUGGAGCUUCACCUUUCAUCUCCACAGCUGCUGGGAACAUAAAGAAAUCCAAUGCCACGGUUUUGGCCGGUACAGCUAAUGUCUCCAGCACCAUGCCGUUGGGUUCUAGCAGCAAGGUAUCAUCCAACUUUGUGCGACCCAAAAAGCCAGAAGUGAACGAUGAUUUGCUCUUUGACUUCUUGAACAGUUCGGACCCGCCGCAGAGCGAAAGAAAGGAGGUCAGAAGAGAAAUGGUGUCUAAAGUUUUGGGUCCAACAGUUGGGCCAGCUCCGACCCAGAUGUCCCCUAUUUCUGUGACCGGCGACCCCUCUGUUGCUGCAACCCCAUCCUCCUCUCAGGGCCUGUCCAGGAAUUCCAGCCUCGGCUCUCUCUCUAACAGUUCACACAGCGUUAAAACCGAGGAUGGCUCCACUCGAGACCAAAGCCAAGCUGAUGUUCAGGAGAAUUUGAACGCAGCGGUGCAUGUUCCCACAGAGGUCCCGCCAGCACCGGAGAUCUCACAUCAAGAGCUCCAGCAGCAGGGCCAAGAGCAGGUGAUCUCCAACCUUCGUCUCGAGAACCAGCUUUUACGCAAUGAAGUCUCUUCUCUCAACCAGGAAAUGGCCUCUCUGAUCCAAAAAGCCAAAAACAUGCAAGAGGAGGUGAACCUUGCCAGGGCUCGUGCUGAAAAGUGGAACUCGGACCACUCUCGCGUUGAUCGCACUGUUCGAGAGCUGAGGGCACAGGUUGAUGACCUCACAGAAGCCCUGUCUGCAAAAGAUGGUCAGCUGGCGGUCCUUAAAGUACGACUGGACGAGGCAGAUCAGCUACUGAAGGCCCGAAACGCCGCCCUGGAGGAAGUUCAGAAUGAGAGGAUCAGGAUUCUUCAGGAUCACAGUGAGGGAAGCAGUCUUCAGUCUCAGAAUUUACAGACACUACACGACAGAAUAAGAGACGCAGAAGCGGCAGUGAAGAGAGAACAGGAGAGCUACAGGCAGAUACAGAGUGAGUUUGCAGCACGACUGGCAAAAGUGGAGAGCGAGCGUCAGCAAUUGGCGGAGUCAUUAACAAACGCAGAGCGUCGGGUGACCGAAGAGAAACAGAGAGCUGAGGAACUACUUCAACAGGUCAAGAGCGCCCGAUCCGCAGCAGAGUACACCAAACAGGAGCUGCAGGACUACAAAAACAAAGCUUCACGCAUCUUACAGUCUAAGGAGAAGCUGAUCAGCAGUCUGAAGGAGAGCUCAGGUCUGGAGGUGCUGGAGGGGGCUGGGGAUGGGGUUGAACUCGAAGAGCUCCGUCAUGAGAAAGAGCUGCAAAGAGAAGAGAUUCAAAAUCUACAGGCCCAAAUACAGAGCUUGCGAACAGAGAUACAGGAUCUGGAAACCCAGGCACUCACAGAGUCAGAAAACUGGAGAGAACAGCUGGCAGAAGUACAGGAACAACAUGCCCAGCAGAUCAGAGCCAAACAGGAAAUGGAGGCAGAACUGGAGAGAUCCAAACAGGAACUGCAGUACAUUGAGGAAGAGCAUCAUCGCACUAAAACCACCCUUCAGGGUCGCGUCAAAGACAGAGAAGAUGAGAUCCAAAAGCUUAGAAACCAGCUGACCAAUAAGGCUCUGAGCAACAGCGGUCAGGCGGAGCUGGAGGGCCGUUUGCACCAGCUGACAGAGACACUGAUUCAGAAGCAGACCAUGUUAGAAGCCCUGGGCACAGAGAAAAACUCCCUGGUCUUUCAGCUGGAGAGGCUGGAACAGCAACUAAAGAGCCUGCAAGGUGGUCAGAACAGCAGCUCACACAUCAGCAUGGCUGCCAUGGAGGGACCAGGUGCUAGGCAGAGGAACACACCAAUACUCUUUAAUGAUGCAGACGGACCGGGUACAGGAGUGUAUGGGAAGGUUCGUGAAGCAGCCAGCACCAUCGACCGCUUCAGUAUACGUCUAGGAAUCUUUCUCAGACGUUACCCUAUAGCCAGGGUUUUUGUUAUUAUUUAUAUGGCACUACUACACCUUUGGGUGCUGAUUGUCCUUUUGACAUACACACCAGAGAUGCAUCAAACUCAUCCUGAUGGGAGAUAAAGGACUUUCUACCUAUAAUAAAAUAUAAUAACCUGUUAGGGUUAAUAAAGGUUAAACUUUCAGGCUGCUGUUCAGUGGCUCAGUAUGCAUUCAUCUUCAAUUUGCACAGACAUGCUGUUGGGGCAGUUCUCUCUCUCUUUCUGUUAUGCUGCUUCUCUCACAUUUCCCCUUAAUCCACCUCAUUUAUUUUCCUGGCCCAUACAUGAUUGAAUGCCUUCAGCAAAAUUUGGCAUGAAUGCAGAAUAGAGUGAAAUAUUUAAGGUGUAAUUUAAAGUUGUGGUUUUAUUCAAUUGAGAAUCUCUUUUAUUCAUCUUUGUUUCAAGCAAAUGUAAUCAUGACUAUUUUUGUUACAGCAAAUAACAGAUUGAAUUCCUCACACUGUAAAGCAGAUUUAUCUCAAUAAAUAUUAACACCGACAUCAUCUUAAUUCUC